AUCUUGACUUUGUUUACAAAACAGUGCAUUUGCUUUGUCGUUCGUCUGCUCCACAGAAUCAAGUAAUAUUUAGUCACUCCUUCGUACGUAUCUGAGCUCUGUAAAGUGUGCUCCGUUCCAAAAUGAUGAACCAAAUGGGAAUGAUGAUGCAGCAGCAGGGUGUCGGUGUUCCCGGUGGUCCGGGUGGUGUUGGUGGCGUUGGUAUGCCCGGACCAGGCGGAGUCGGAGUAUCACCCGGGAUGAUGCAGUCUCCUCAAAUGCAGCAAGCACAGCAACAGCAGGUUCAACAGCAACAAGUCCAGCAACAGCAGCAGCAACAACAAGUGCAACAACAGCAAGUUCAGCAGCAAGCGCAACAGCAGCAGCAACAGCACAACCAAUCCGCCCAACAGCAAGCACAACAAACUGAGAAGGUGGACAACAUUUCUAAGGUCAAGGUGUUGGUUGGUCCGCUACGAGAUGCCCUAUCAACUACGAUCAAAACUGCUGCCCAGUUGAUACAACAAAACACGCUCGCCGACGCAGGAUCGAAAACGGUGGAUCUCAACAAUGCACCCCGCUUCGAUAAGCACCUGGAGGAGUUUUAUUCGAUUUGCGACCAAAUAGAGCUGAACUUGAAAACGGCAAAGCUUUGUAUGCAGCAGUGCACCUCGUCGCAACAGUAUCUUCCGAUUCCGGUUGCCACGAGUCAGCCGCCACUAACGGAAACGAACGCUCUUACAUACAACCAGUACCUGGAGGUGGUAAAGCUACAGAUUGGGUACGCUAAGGACAUCCACGAUACGCUAAUUUGCGCCGCUCAAAACAUUUCUCCCAGCGAAUGAUAGACCGAUGGCAGCAGGUGAUGAGGUGGUAGGAGAAGAAUAAUGAUCUAGUUUAUUUGUUCUUUAUGGCAUACACAGAGAUAUGAACAUGAGUGAAUGGUGGAGGACGACGUGGUGGUUCCUCAUGCGGUCCAGUCUGACUUGCGGUUCGGUCCUAACGAUCGCGUCUAACAAAUAAAAUUAAGCUUAAAACUAUACAAUAUCA